UCAUACACAAGAAACCAUACUAUAAUUCAUUUGACCCUGUUUUAGAUUUAUAUCAAUAAAUAAUAUCUCAUCUCUUCGUCUCCCAUACCCCUCCCAAAUCAAACCAUCUCUAUAUAUAAUCUCCUCAGCUCACACUAAUCCUCAUAAAAAAAUCUCUAUCCAUACACAACAACAACAACAACAACAAAAACUCAAGAACAAUCUCUUCACUUGAUCAACACCACAUUGUCCUAUCAUUCUAUACAAAGCCUUUACGUACGUGAUCCAUACAACAAGUCAUUACCAUGGUGAAACAAGAACGCAAGAUCCAAACCAACACAAAAAAGGAAAUGCCUUUGUCAUCAUCACCAUCUUCUUCUUCAUCUUCAUCUUCUUCCUCGUCUUCGUCUUCGUGUAAGAACAAGAACAAGAAGAGUAAGAUUAAGAAGUACAAAGGAGUGAGGAUGAGAAGUUGGGGAUCAUGGGUUUCUGAGAUUAGGGCACCAAAUCAAAAGACAAGGAUUUGGUUAGGUUCUUACUCAACAGCUGAAGCAGCUGCUAGGGCUUACGAUGUUGCACUCUUGUGUCUCAAAGGUCCUCAAGCCAAUCUCAACUUCCCUACUUCUUCUUCUCAUCAUCAUCUUCUUGAUGAUCUCUUAGAUGAAAAGACCAUUUUAUCCCCCAAAUCCAUCCAAAGAGUAGCUGCUCAAGCUGCCAAUUCACCUGACCUUUUUGCCCCUUCUUCAUCAGCCGUCUCGUCACCGUCCGAUCAUGAUCAGCAUCAUGAUGAUAAUGACGAUGAUGGGAUGCAAUCUUUGAUGGGAUCUUUUGUGGACAAUCAUGUGUCUUUGAUGAAUCCAUCAUCAUCAUGGUAUGAUGAUCAUAAUGGAAUGUUCUUGUUCGAUGAUGGAGCUCCGUUUAAUUACUCUCCUCAAUUAAACUCGACGACGAUGCUCGAUGAGUAUUUCUACGAAGAUGCUGACAUUCCGCUUUGGAGUUUCAAUUGAUCCGACGGUCCAUAAUACAUGCUUUAAUUAGUUUUUUUUUUUUUUUCAUUUUUUAAUUCUUUUAUAUAUGUUAAUUAAAUUACCCUCGUCGUAAUUCUUUUUUCCCAAGUUGUUUGUUGCUUGGAGAGAAUUGACGACGGAUACGAAAUAUAUAAUAUACUAUAAUUCAAGGUUUUAUAUGUAGCAAUACUCGAUACAAUUAAUUCGGAUUUAAUAGGGAUCUAGGAAGUUCACAUGAACAAGAGACUUUUUUAUUGUCA